GCUAGUUCCAUCGAUGACUAUCAUGCCAAGGACUGAAACGUCGGCUCUGAGCAAAUAACCUCAUGACUAUCGCUAAGAUGGCACGAACGUUUAUGUGCAGCCCUUUCCUGGUCACUGGCUCGUCUGCUAGCUUGCCAUGGUUGUCGAAUUCCAUGCAUCGUUUGCUCGAGUACCUCCCUCUCAAUCCGAUCAAGACUGAACUAAGGGUUCAAUUGAUGUCGAUCAAUACAUUUGCGGGUUCUAGGGCGUGUAGGAUCGUUGCGGGGUAUAUGUCACGGCGAGCUGUGAGCAUGUGCGAUGAUAUCAAAUCCGUCUUGAAGCUUGAAACCUAUGUUUCGAUAUGAUCUGAGUCAGCGAUUGAAUUGAUGGUACUUCCAACACGGCUGGCUGGUCCUUUCAGAAUUAUCGCGUCUGAGCCUGUAAAUGUUGUACAUCCACCUUCAAGGUCUACAAAGGCUGGGACCCUGCUGAACUUUUGUUUCACGGGUCUUCUGUAUUUCUUUGAUGAUCGUACGAUUCGCAUCUUGAAAUUCAAGUUGGCACUUUUAGCGGUUAACUUCGAGUACUUAUGGUGUAUACGGAGUUACUCUUGCGUCGUCCCUGACCUCAACGAUUCUUUGACACAUGCUACUGAGAACACACGGCGUCCAUCAUUGCGCUCUACAUUCCAGAGCGAUCAGACAGGGCACUUUGAGAUGAAAUGCACCUGAGAUUUGUAGCAGGGCAUAAACUUGUAUAUUUCUGCAUUGUCUCGCAAUCAUUGUAGGGUGUCC